UAGUCGCAUUAGAACAAAAGAUAGCCCAGGAGUCUUGUUUUUGAGUGGAAAUGCCCAUAACCCGACUCAACUGUGGUGAAGUCGCCCAAUUAUAGCUCAGAUCGCAGCAAGUCGGAGACUGAGAAUCGAGUCUGAGAGAGAAAGAAGAAGAAGGAGACGGAGAAUGACGGUGUUUCACUUCUUCAACUGUGCGAUUCUGACGUUUGGUCCUCACGCCGUAUACUACUCCGCCACUCCUCUAUCGGAGUAUGACACACUCGGCACCUCCAUUAAAGCAGCUGUGGUUUAUCUCGGAACAGCUCUAGUCAAGCUUGUUUGUUUGGCUACUUUUCUCAAGGUAUCUGAUAAUGAAAGCUUCGAUCCAUAUCAGGAAUUGUUGAAAGCUUUGAUCGGUUUCAUAGAUGUUGCUGGCCUUUACUUUGCUUUGACCCAGUUGACCCAUAGGAACAUCUCUCAAAAUCAUAAAUUUCAAGCAGUGGGACUCGGGUGGGCUUUUGCUGAUUCGGUUCUCCAUAGAUUGGCACCUCUGUGGGUGGGUGCCAGAGGACUAGAAUUUACCUGGGAUUACAUUCUGCAAGGCCUUGAGGCAAAUGCAAAUCUGGUUUUGAGCAUAUCCCUUGCUGCAUUGGGAUCUUUGAUGUGGCUUCGCAAAAACAAGCCUAAGACGCUGAUUCCUAUAAUAUACAUCUGUGCUGGGAUUGUGGCAACCAUGCCAUCUAUCACAAGCUAUCUAAGGCGUGGCCUGGGGUGGCACUUCCCGGAGGUGGUAGGAUUUCAACUCUUUACCUCUCUGAUCAUGGCAUUCAUCAGCUGGCAGCUCUUUGCUGCAUGUCAGAGGCCCUCUGCCUGAAGCAACCAAGCACUGCUCCUAACAGUCGACUGUCAGUCAGCAAUGGUCUUCAGGAUCAGAAUAACCACAGUUGUUCAUUCAUGUGGUUACAAUCUCGUGUCAUUAUUUUAACGUCAUUCUGAUUCUGAUGUAGAGAUUAUUUUCUUAUGUCUAAAUUGAUCAGCGGAUGCUUGGGAACUGAAGAGUAAUAUUGCAACUGGUGUAUCAGUUUUGACUGGUAAAGUUACCAGGAUUUUUUAGCGAAGUUGAAAUAGUUAGGCUUACGAUAAAUUUACAACGUCAUAUUGCAAA